GCCUAGUUUAUGAUUAUUUUAUUAACAAGAGGAGACUUUAACAAAAGCAUGUUCCUGUUUCCAGGCAACAAAACUCCCCCUUCUGACACCGAGCGCCGGAUGUGAACCUAACUUCCUUUGUCGUCACAAGCAUGGCAGCUUCCUUUUAAGAGUUCCAUGCGUGAAGGCUUGAGAACGCAGAUGAUGGAUAUCCCUGUAAGUGGAAGCAUCAGUACUUCUGAGGAACAGAACCAAACAAGUUCACAUGAAGAAGAGAGAAUAGAUCAGAACCAAACAAGUUCACAUGAGGAAGAGAGAAUAGAACAGAACCAAACAAGUUCACAUGAGGAAGAGAGAAUAGAACAGAACCAAACAAGUUCACAUGAGGAAGAGAGAAUAGAACAGAACCAAACAAUUUCACAUGAGGAAGAGAGAAUAGAACAGAACCAAACAAUUUCACAUGAGGAAGAGAGAAUAGAAGGCUCUGUUCAGGCAGACGAAGAUGCUACGGCCAGUGCAGGAAUUUAUAGAUACAUCAAAGAAGACCUUUUCACUUCAGAAAUUUUCAAAGUGGAGAUACAAAACUUGCCAAAAUACAUAGGAUUUAAUGACGUAAAGAAAUUCCUUGGGAAGUACGGACUCAACCCUCACAAAAUCAAACUAAUGCAGAAGCAAACAUUUGCAUUUGUGACCUUCAAAAGUGAGGAGGAGAGGGACAAAGCAAUGAAAGUCAUACAUGGAGUGAUGUGGAAAAACCAUGCGUUGAGUGUCCGACUUGCAAAGCCCAAGGCUGAUCCUAUCAUGAGAAAGAGAAAACAAGAGGACGUUGAGAAGCAUCAGCCAGAGACAAAGCGUCAGACUUUGCAGGAAGACACCGUGGAAGAACCACUUAGUAAGCAAAUUGCAGAUGUCGUGACUCCUCUAUGGCAAGUUCCUUAUGAAGAACAACUGUGUAUGAAGGGAGACGAGUGUGAAAAUGUGCUACAGAAACUGAUCAAAGAGAUUGGACACAGCUACAAGACCCAUUUAACACGUUGGUUUGAUCAAAAGCAGAUUAAUGUAUACUGCCCAUUGGAGGGAGUGAAACCCUCCCCCGCACAGACAGAGUAUCGAAACAAAUGCGAGUUCCUGGUUGGGAUUAGUGCCAACCAAGAAGACAAGACCGUGGGCUGCCGGCUUGGAAAAUAUAAAGGGGGUACAUGUGCAGUUGUGGAACCGUAUGACACAAUUCACAUUCCUGCGGUCACCAAGAAGGUUGUGAAGGCUUUCCAGGAAUACAUCAGGACGACUCCAUAUGCAUGUUACAGUCCUGAAUCCUAUGAAGGCCACUGGAAGCAGCUCACUGUCCGUAGCAGCAGGAAGGGACAAGUCAUGGCUAUAGUAUAUUUUCAUCCCCAGAAACUGAGUAAGGAAACUCUCGCGGAGCUUAAGUCAUCGCUGGCAACAUAUUUUAUAGAAGGCUCAGGAAAAGACAGUGGUGUCACCUCCCUGUAUUUUGUUGAAGAAGGGCAAAGGAAGUCUCCUAACAUGGAGGAUUUACCUGUGGAACAUGUAGCUGGAGACCAUUAUAUACAUGAAGAGCUGCUGGGACUUACCUUUCGUAUUUCACCACAUGCUUUUUUCCAGGUAAACACCCUGGCAGCAGAGGUUCUGUACUCGACGAUAGCAGACUGGGCUCAGCUGGACCAGAACAGCACUGUGUUAGACGUCUGCUGUGGCACGGGAACAAUUGGCAUCUCCUUGGCCAAGAAAGUGAAGAAAGUUGUCGGAAUUGAGCUGUGUCAGGAAGCUAUUGCAGAUGCCAAAGCUAAUGCACAAAUUAACAACCUGAAGAAUGUGGAAUUUCGAUGUGGUAAAGCAGAAGACAUUUUUCCUGGCCUGAUAAACUCCCUUGCAUCUCAGAACCUUGUAGCCAUUAUUGAUCCUCCUCGAGCUGGCCUUCAUUCCAAAGUGAUUAUUGCAAUCAGAAGAGCUGAGCAUCUGAAGCAGCUGAUCUAUGUCUCAUGCAACCCCAAGGCUGCAAUGGUCAAUUUUGUUGAUCUCUGUCGUGCUCCCUCAAAUCGUGUCAAAGGACGUCCUUUCAGACCUGUGAGAGCUGUGGCUGUAGACCUCUUUCCUCAGACACCUCACUGUGAACUUCUUAUUCUGUUUGAGAGGGUGGAAAACACAAGCAAGCCACCUAACACGGAUAGCACAUUUCAAAGCGUAAGCGUGCCGCUUAAUGACCUAGACCCUGCUCUUCAAAGCACAAGUGAGCAGGCUUGUGACCCAGACCCUGCACUUUAAAACAUGUUUACCUGGACCUCUCAUUUCAAAGCAGUGACGCCUUUGAGUUUCAGCCAGGCACAAGGGGGAACUUGGUUAAAAAAAAAAUAAAAUAAAAAAACAACCCAAAGGCAGUGCAGUUAAAGAUAUUCUUCAAUUUAUAAUUAACAAAUAUAAUUGCUACAUGGGACCGGUAUUACCCCAUUAUGCUUAUUUUACAUUGCUCCAAGAAAAUGGGAUUUAAGUUCUGAAAUAAAAAUACCAAUCACAGUUGCA